CGGGUCUACGUUCCAGAUGCCCAAAGGUCCACCGUUUCCCAACGCUUCGUCCUCAUGCAGGCGCUCAACCGGUCCGCCAACUUCGCCGCCACCACUGGCCGCAAAUUCGGCGACGCUGUCUCAAAGUUCAUGGGUUACCGGGAUUUCGAGCAGUGGACGAGCAACUGGGGAGACACUGCACAUCUGCCAUGCUUGCCAUCCCCCGACAGUGACAAGUAUCUGGAUAACUUCCGACACAUUUCCCGAACGGGGGAAUUGAAGAGUCUUGCGAUGUUUUGGCACGGGAACUUGCAGUCCUACUUCCUGUUCUUCACAAUGGCUGGAAUGCAUCGUGACACAGCUUCCGAGUUCACCGAAGAUGCCCGAGAAUACUCGUGUCGAUUGUAUGAUGUGCUGGAUAUGGUUCGGAACCUGCUGGUGCAGAUGGAGAUGAAGACCGAGUUCAAGCUCCUGCAGCCCCCGCCGAGCGAGUGCAUGCAAUCGGCGUGCAAAUUCAACGUGGAUCCCUUCCACCGCCUCGCCAUUUCACUGCGGGACUCUGUGAGUCUCCUGAGCGACGUGCGGCGCCGAAUUGACGACUUCCGGCUCUACUAUGACGACGACCGUGAUGCAUCCACCGACACCACUCGGAGUUGACGGGGUUCCUCUCGAUUGGUUUUUCUUUUCUUGUGGCGACACUUCUGCAACGAGGUAAAAAAAAAAAAAAAAAGGAAGAGCUGAUGAAUGGACGGAGGGAUGAAUUUGCUCGGAACUGAAGCAGAGGACCGAGUUUCGGUCCACAGCACUUGAGAGGACGUUUGAAAUAAGGGACGUCCAUUUUGAAACUCGCUUGAAAUUAAAGUUCCGGGAAACGAUGCAUUUUAGGCAGUGAUCGGAUAGUUCUUUUCGUAAUCGUCCCGAAAAGAACUUCAGCGCAGAAAAAAAUCCGAGACUUGAAAUGGGAAAAAUUGGAUUUUCAGUUCACAAAACAGAAAUUGCGUUCUUUUCACGAUAAAUGGGUAUUUAUUGAGGACCGAAAAUGUUUCAUUUGUCUUCUGACAACAAGCGUGAGGAUUGUUGAGAAAAGGUUCGCCAUCUUGAGGCUUUGUAUCUGUGAACUUUUCAUUUUUUGGAGAAAUGCCUUCUUGUUUUUUUUUCUUCAACUGGGAUUUUUAAAAUACUGUGUUUAUGACCUUUAUGUGGAUCACUGCAUCCGUGGCAAUAUUUCUGUGUGGCUGGCCAUAAGCAAAGUGACGAGGUCAAAUUCACAGUUUUCCAACCCGAAAAGCUAGGAUUGGAGCAAGUUUAUCUUCUUGAGUCGAAUUAACUUUCAUGACUUGAUAAUCUUGCGCAAAAGAAGUUGCCAUCAUGGCCUGAGUUUCCUUGGUUAUUGAUGGAUGGGCUGAUUAUUUUUUUGUUGAUAGUUUUGUACAAGACAGAUGGACGAAUCUUUGCUUUUCCAAUUUAGUCUUGCUCUUGGUGUGUGCAUCAUCUGUGGGAAGCUGCGUUUCUCGCUCCGCAUGUUAUCCAGUAUUGUAAAAAAAAAAUUCAACAUAGACUUCAUGUGGGCUCAUAGUUACAUUACUAUGAUACUAUGAACGUGUCGUGAUCUCUGUUGCGUUGUCUGCUUCUUUUAUAUCACGCAAGCAGCGAUUGAUGAAUUCAGUCCCAUUUUAUCCACAAUUCAACUCUUGAGUUUUGAUUUCAUUUGAUGGGGAAGACGAUCGACAAAAGAUAAGACAAUUGUGUGCCAUUGUGACUGACAAGAAGUUGUGAGGCAAUUUAUUUCAUUUUAUUUUGUGGCAUUUGAUGCUUGCGAGACGUCACAUUUUUGUUCAUGUGCAUGUUUUAGUUACCUGAACAACGAGUCAAAUAGAGAGGCGACGGAUUAGUUUUUUUUUUUUUUUUUGCUCAAGAAGUGUGAAGAGGUGCAUGGAUUUUAUUUUCAUUUGACGAAGAGAACAUGCAAGAACUGAGCUAUGAAACUCGUUGAAAAAAACUAUUAUUUUUUUUCUUUGGUUUGACGCCUUCGCUACGUAUUUUAUGCUGUGAUGAUGAUUGCGGACCCGAAUUUUCGACUUUCGAUGGAGAAAAGGUUCCUGAUUUUUCGCCUCGUCGCGAUGGACCUGUACUCGGAUAUUCGGAAUGAAAAUGAAAAGUCCGCUGAAAAGCCAGAAAACA